AUGCCGUCUCUAAAACUUUUCUUCUGUCUCAUGUGUCUGUUCACGGGAGAAAAAGCUAAGGAGAGGAAUGUAAAUUUUCUGUCGAGCCCUCAAGCUGGAAAAUAUUUAGCAGUUAAUGUUGGAGACAAUGUGACCCUACAGUGUUCCAAUGAAGAUAAUGACUCAGCAUGGCUUUUCUGGUAUAAGAAUAUUCUGGGAGAGAAACCGAAGCUCAUCUCUAGUUUUUAUAUGUAUGAUCUAAACAUUUUUAUAACAUUUUAUAAUGAAUUUAGGGAAAAUAAACGCUUUAAAUUAGAGAGUAAAGAAGGCAAAAAUGAUUUACAUAUUUUGCACUUGAACGUCUCAGAUUCAGCUACAUAUUAUUGUGCGAGCAGCUAUACUUUUGUCUUGAGUUUUGCAGAGGGAAUUAUUCUCAGUGUAAGAGACUCAGACUCCAACGUCCCAGCUCUGGUGCAUCAGUCAGUGUCUGGGAGCAUCCAGCUAGGAGGCUCUGUGACUCUGAACUGUACAGUACAAACUGGGACCUGUGAUGGACAACACAGCGUUUACUGGUUCAAAGACUCUGGAGAAGCUCGUCCAGGACUCAUUUACACCCACGGAGACAGAAAUGAUCAGUGUGAGAGGAAACCAGACACACAAACACACACCUGUGUCUACAACCUGCCUCUACAAAGCCUGAAUGCUUCUCAUGCUGGGACCUACUACUGUGCCGUCGCUUCAUGUGGACACAUUGUGUUUGGAAAUGGAACCGAACUGGACCUUAAGUAUCAGGACUCUCAUCUGGUGAAUGUCUUGAGAAGUGCUUUAUUAUUUACCAGCCUCCUGAGUGUUUUAUUGGCUUUCUUAGUGUGCAAAGUGAUGAACAAACACCUUUGGGGUAAUAAACACUGAUUCAAUCAAUAUCCUCUGUUUACUGAACCUCAUGACAUUUUAAUAUUGUUAUUUUGCAUUUCAGAGCCUCAUACGAUACUUUCAGAUGCCUCCACAAAGAAUUC